UGGUUACGCCCCUGGUCCCCAGGCGGCCGCGCCGCGAAACAUCCCCGCCACCAACACGGUGACCGAGGGCAGCGCCCCCCCCCCACCCCCCCUCCACGGGCCUGCCCGCUGGCCUGUAACAAGGUGUGGCGAAGGUUCAAGGAAAUCAGGAAUGGUGACCGAGCUAUGGGCAAUCACUUGCGCGUGGUUUGGGGCCGGUGCCCUCACUUGCAAAAAUGGAGAUGCGUCCUGGGACGUGUCAGGGACCCGCACUGUUCUGGGUGUUGCGUAAAGGUGACUCAGGCAGCAGCCUGUACUGCAGCAGCUCCCCCUGGGCCAUGAGUGGUUAGGGGCUCUUUGCUGCGGUCAGAAGACUGGGCCCUUCUACGGACUCGGCCUGGACAAGCCCCUUCUCCCCCGGGCCCCAGUUUCCGAUCUGUAAAAUGAAGAGAUUGAACUCAGUGGCCUCCUAGGACUCUCAGGUUAUGUGCUAGAAACCCAGGCCAGACACACUUGAUUUUCCAAGGUGCAGUCACGUGAGCCCUCUCUAUCUUAGACACACAGCCUGGAGACCUUGAGCCGUUCCCACGCCAGAAAGAGGCAUUGGGCCCCUGAAGAGACAGGUGUGAAACCAUUAUCCCAGGGUCACGUCACCAACAUGUCCUGGCAAUGCCAGCAUGUGUAUGCCUGAGGUGUAGCUCUCAGGGAGAAAAACAGGUCCGUGGGGCACCUUCCUAAGCCAGAGGAACCAGAAAUUGUUCUCACCACAAUGGGCUGGGUGAUCAGGGAUGGUGGGGGUGCAAGGGGAGGCGCGGGCUCACCAGGCUCUGAUUCCUCCCCGCCCCCUGCAUUGGGAGGCUGCCCCAUCUCCUAACCCAGCACAAUUUCCUCAGUAUUUGAAACCUCUCUUUACCUGCCCUCCAGGAGCCACACUGCCGCGCAAUUGAGCCCGUUACAACAUGUCUUCCUCGCGUGAACCGAGGACUCAAGGGAGCUCAGGUGUGAGCUAGAGAGAAGAGUGCAGUCAGAAUGGGCAUCUGCCUCCAGGUUCUAAGCUCUGGGACCCUCAGACCAGGACACGAUGGUUUGGUGGCCUCCCUAAACCAGUGGGAGCAAAGUGGGACACAGUUCAGUGUGCUUGAGUGCGUACUGGGUGUGGGGUCUGGGCUAGGGCAGGGGAUGGGGGCCAGGGUGAGACACUGCCCUGCCCUCAGGAAGCUUCUGUUCUGGUUGAAUUAGGGAGUGGAGGUAGAGAGGGGGAAGAGAGAAGCCCAGAAGAAAUGCAGGUUUAAAACUACAACUACCUGAGCCCUGCUGGGUGCCAGGCCCUCCCCUGUCUCCUCAUGUCACCCUCAUGGCCCACGUGGGUAGAAGUAAGAGUAAGCAGCUGCUGUUUGUGGAGCGUAUACAAUGUGCCACAUUCUUUUCUUAUAAUUUUUUUCAAUGUUUAUUUAUCUGAGACAGAGACAGAGUGUGAGCAGGGGAGGGGCAGAGAGAGAGGGAGAUACAGAACCCAAAGCGGGCUCGAGGCUCUGAGCUGACAGCACAGGGGCUCCAACUCAUGAACCAUGAGAUCAUGACCUAAGCAGAAGUCGGACGCUUAACCCACUGAGCCACUCAGGCACCUCUCUUUCCAAAGUCCUUUAAUCCUUAUACCACACUCGGAGGUGGACAGUAUAUCUCCAUUUGUUGAUGAAAAAAUAGGAUCAGAACGUUUAAAUAACAAAGCUGAUGUCUGGCAGUCUGUGGUGGUAAGGAGGCCGGAACCCACGUCCCGUGAGGAGGGGCACCAGAAGAGAUUCCUGAAGGCAUUCCCAGUAGUGGGAACUGUGGGAGCGAGGUUAGGACACCGGGGAAGCCCUGGGCAAUCAGAGCACAGCAGGUGAGGCUGGGAAGAUGGGGUGGCCCCUGGGAGGGGGUGUGAACACCAGGGCGAGGGGUGUGUGGUGGGUUUGGCAGGCAGUGAGGAUGUUUUGGAGGUUGUGAGCUAGAGAAGGACGAGGUCAGAGCUCUGCUCUGCCAGGCAAAAGGUUAGCCUGGCAGGGCUCCAGGGAGUGGUAGUGGGUCUCCCUUGAACUGGGGUGGUGGGCUGGGAUGAGAGAAGAGAGCAGGGCCCAUUCUGAUGUGAGCACAGCAGCCCUCAGGCCUUUAGAGCCAAGAGGCCUUAGACUCAGCAAUCAGCUGGGCUGGUUUCCUACCUCUGCAAGCAGUGAAGGACCCUAAGGCCCACAGAAGGGAUUGCCCACCAUCCCUUGGGAGAGGGUACGCAGCAGAAUGAGGACUGUAGUCCAGCCCUUGGUGAGAAGCCAGCACUCAGGAAGGUCACUGGGGCAGCCCAGGGACCCCCAGGAGGUCAGACGUGAACCCCGCUUCGUAGGACCUGUCUGCCCGCAAGAAAGUAGUGGGGGGUGGAUGCUGCUUUGGCCACAGUGGGAAAGCGGAAGGGUGAGCGGGACUGAUUCUUGGGCAUCUGCUGGGGAAGUAAGAGUUGCCACGAGAUCUGGAGGGGCAGGUAGGAGUAUUGUGGGGACUUUACAUCCUUUGGGGCCAUUUGGAGAUGGGGCUAGAGAACUGGAGACCCAGGGGUGGCUGCAAGGCUGCCCACUAAUGCUGCUCCCUCGCUUGUCUGCUCAUUCGCACUUGCAACAAAUAUUGACUGAGUGCCUACUCUGUGCUACGCGCUGUUCUAAGCCUUCGGGAUAACAUCAGUAAACAAAACAGCCCGAGAUCCCAGCCCAGACAACAAGUUAAUGACACAGUGCAUCAGACAGUGAUGAGUGCGAUGAAAGAAAGGAAAGGUAGAUCCAGGAAAGGGGCACCAGGAAUGCCAGGCAGAUGACGUUUGAGUCCAGGCUAGACCAGGCCAACAGGGAGAAGGGACAGCCGAUGCCCAAGGCCUGGAGCCAGGAACCCUUCUGAAGAAGAGAAGGAGGCCAGAGUGGCUGGGAUGGAGGUCAAAAGAGCAUGGGGCUGUACUGUGAAGGCUUCUAGAGCCUAGGAAGGACUUUGGUUUUGACUCUGAGCAGGAUGGGACCCGUGCAGGGUGUGGAGCAGAGGACCGACAUGGCCUGACUUAAAUUUCACCUGCAUAGCUCUGGCUGCGAGGUGGAGAACAGACUGGAAGGGGGCAGGGGUGGAGGCAGGGAGGCCAGGCAGGGAUCCAAGCGGAGGUGAUGGUGGCUUCGGGCCUGGGUAGUAGCAGGGGAGGAGGUGUGGAGGGCUGGGGUGUGGGAUGUGUUUUGAAGGCAAUACCAACCCAACACAGUUUCCUUAUGGAGUGUUAUUGAGAUAUGAGGGAAAGGGAGGGGUCAAGGAGGACUCCAAAGGUUGGGACCCACAUUUGGUGUCUUCCCAGAUUUCUGUGGGCCAUGGCACCUGAGCACUGGAUCUCUGUGCCCUCGAAAGAAGACCCCGCCCCCGCCCCACUACCCAGCAUACCUAAGAAUAGAAUCUGACAGAAUAUUCUGUGGCUGUCGAUGGAAACAACACGUUACAUCAGAAGCCCUGUGCGCUCUGUUAAUGUCGGAGGUUCAUUGUGUUCAGCAAGCUCAGCGCUUUCUGCCUGCACCCACGGGUCUGCCCUGAUGCCCUGCCUCUGCCCCCAAGGCUGCGGGACUGCCGCUGUGCUCCCGUGCCCCACUGCAAGGGAAUCAUUCAAGUGUAAUGGAGAAAGUCAGAAACACAGCCCUGGAUGAGGUCGUGAUCCUGAACGUGAACACCACCGCCCCAGAAACCCCCUCUAGUGACCUCUGGAGACUCCCAAAGGACGUGGGAGAAAAGCGCCUCGGGAAGCACGCGCCUUGCCACAGAUCACUUGGCUGGUGGGGGCAGAGCUGAGACCGGACGACACCACAGCCCAUGCUGCCUCUGCUCAUGUACAUCGGCCCCCCUAAGGCAGAGAGAGAGAGGGCGGAAGCAGAAAAGAUAAAAGUACCAGACAGCACAAUAAACUUCAUAUGUUGAAAAAAAAAAAAAAAAAGUACCAGACAGGUGUGAGAAACACAAGGCAUGAACGGUCGUCUAAUUUCUCAAAAGAUGCAACACAAUUUUUAAAUGAUGUGAAGUACCAUUUUCAAAACAACACGGAGGAGUGUAUUUAACCACACUCAGCUCGUAAAGAGCCGAUGGGCGAGUGGAAUAACGGUGCACGCUGUAGCAUGUUGAAUGUAUUGGCAACAGAGAAGCUUGGUCGAAGGAAGCCGAGAGCGGGAGAGAGGGAUUCAGGUCCCUGCCUUGUCAGUUUGGGUUAUUGUCCAAAGAGAAACGGGCAGUCAUAACCCUUGAACUGAGACACACACCAGCCUUUACACGCUUGAAAUCCCCAGCUUUCCCCCUAGAAAGGAGGGAUGGAGAAGAGAAGGCCAAGCGAGGGAAGCUGUUUCUGACUCACACGAGGGAGCUGGGGAGCCAUAGACAACCCUGGGAGAAGGCCGGGCCUCAGGCCCAAGAAUCACUCCUCUCCUCCCACGCCGUCUGUCUGCCCCCUGGUGGCCAUGCCCCAUCUCUGCAGGCCUGGCCGCCUGUCCCGAGUGGGCGACAGCCUGGCGUGAGGUGCUGUGGGGAUAGAGGGGGUUGGGGCCCGCUGGGCCAGGUAAGCAGGGCCUUGCCCUCAACAAGCUCGUUAAAGCCGGAGGCAGCCCUGGAGGCUGGGGCCCGGCUGCCCUGCCUGGUCACCGUGGGAGGCCGCGAGGCCGUCGCUGGCCGGCAGGGGGUCAGGCCACCUGGGCCAUCACCCCUGCCCUGAGAUUUCACACGGGGCGCCCUCCUCCGCUGUCGAGGCCACCCGAGUUGGCUCCCUCCCUUCUCCUGGUGCCGAGGUCUGGGCACCGGGCCACUGCUCACCCUACGGGCAGAGUUAAACAUUAGUGGCAGGUUAUCAGGCAGAUCAGGGGGAGGGAGACCAGGAACCGGCACUCACCAGUGUCUCUGCCGGAGCCACCAGUUUCCGCCCCUGCCGGACAAUGCCCGUGGAGGAGUUUGUGGCCGGCUGGAUCUCUGGUGAGACACUUUUCUCCCUUCUGUCACAUCCCCUCCACCCCAGGGGUGGGUCACUUCCUGGUGAUUUGGGAGGAGCUGAGACCAAAGUCCUGGUGGCCCAGAAGCACCCAGAGCCAGCUAUCCCGGAGCCUCCUGGCAGUUGCCUGAGGGGAGCGGAGAGGAAGCCGAGCUGCCCUCGCCUCCAGGGCCAAGGCGAGCGCUCCCCCAGACUCACCUGCGCCUGCAGACCCGCCCCAGGAACCCCGCUUCCCUAGGCCCACCCUGGGGGGCUCAGAAAGGAAGUUCACCUUUGACCCCAGCAGCUGUCCUGCAUUCCCCUUUGGGCCUCUGCCCUACCCAGCCGUGGGCUGCAGGCCCUGUCGCUGAGGCCUGCUGUGCUGGGGACCCAGCCCAGCUUCUGGGUGACACUUCUCUCAGAAGAAAAGAGAGGGACGUUUCGAACCUGCCUUCCUGAGAAGGUUCUGUCUCCAGAGCCUGCACCUGCUACACAGGGGAGAUGGCCUGGGGGCCGGGACCCUCCUCCCCUGGUGUCAGCACGACUGUUCUAAGGGCUCCCAGCUCCGCACUGCUGGCCGAGGGGGGGGAGGGGGGGAGAGCAGGGCCCCGUCUGGAUCGAGGCCACAUACUCCACGGCAGUAGUGAGUGGAAGGCAAGAGGGAAGGAGUCAGGCCGGCAGCGGGGCAGGAGCACUGGAGAACCCAUCCCACCGCCCCACGGUUAAGUAGGCAAGACAGGCAGUGUUAGACGCUACGAGGACGUGGUGUCUGUGGCUGGCUCCUCCCUUCGGCCUGUGUCCUCCAGGUGGGGCCAGGGCUCUCUCUGAUUGUCCCCAUGUCCCCACGUCCCCAUGCCUGCCUCACCCAGCACUUGGUGUGGAGGAGGUUGCAAAGGGGACAGCUGGAGUUUCUUUGGAGUCUGGCAGGAGCUCUGGGUUUGGUCCUGGGACACCCUUUUGACACUGUAAAGGUGCGGCUACAGACCCAGACCACAUACCGGGGCAUCAUCGAUUGUAUGGUGAAGACUUACCGCCAUGAGUCGCUCCUGGGCUUUUUCAAGGGAAUGAGCUUCCCCAUUGCGAGCAUAGCCAUGGUCAACUCCGUCCUGUUCGGGGUCUACAGCAACACCCUGCUGGCGCUCACGGCAACCUCUCACCGGGAACGGCGGGCCCAGCCACCCAGCUACAUACACGUCUUCAUAGCUGGCUGCAUCGGAGGGUUCGUGCAGGUCUACUGCUUGGCCCCUUUUGACCUCAUCAAAGUCCGGCUACAAAACCAGACGGAGCCAAGGGCGCGGCCUCCGGGCAGCCCCCCGCCCCGGUACCGGGGGCCUGUGCAUUGUGCGGUCUCCAUCUUCCAGGAGGAGGGGCCCCGGGGGCUGUUCCGGGGAGCCUGGGCCCUGACGCUGAGGGACACCCCCACAAUGGGGAUCUAUUUUGUCACCUAUGAGUGGCUCUGCCGCCAGUCGACGCGGGACGGCCAGGACCCCAGCCCAGCCAGGGUACUGGUGGCAGGGGGCUUUGCAGGCAUCGCCUCCUGGGCCGUAGCCACGCCCUUGGAUGUGAUCAAGUCCCGGCUGCAGAUGGCGGGGCUGAAGCGCGGGGCGUACCGGGGGGUGCUGGACUGCAUGGUAAGCAGCGCCCGGCAGGAAGGUCUGGGGGUCUUCUUCCGGGGGCUGACGAUCAACAGCGCCCGCGCCUUUCCUGUCAACGCCGUCACCUUCCUCAGCUACGAAUACCUCCUCCGCUCGUGGGGGUGAGUCCGGGCAGGUAAUGCCGGCCGCUCCCCAGCGAGGCCACCGCCCACCUGCCCAGCUUGGAGGCCGAGGUGAAAGCACCGGCUUGCGAUCCGAUUCGAGAGGCCCAGUCCUUCCCAAGGGUGAGCAGCAGUGGGCCCGGGCCCUGGGCUCCGGAACACAGGCUGACUUCAGCCCCCCAGCAGCGCUUGCCUUGAGUCUGUGAAGUCCACUCCCCGGCCCGUGGUGCUGGUGACCUUCUGGCCCCCAGCCUGGGGCUUCACCCCUUAAAGAGCUCUUAGAGGCUGCGCCCCUGGGCGCUAACCAGCCACCCCCUGGAUUCCAGCAACUCGUCCUCACGGGCCCUCCUCACCUCCUUUCAAACUGCUCCCCACGUGACCCCCCUGGAGAGCAGCCUUCUGUCCCCUGCUGGUCCAGAGUCCUUCAGUGGCUUCCCUUCCGGUCUGGGGGAGAGCCCCCCCCCCCCACCUCCUGGGCCCUCCCUGUCCACUGGCUUUCUUCUCCCUGGGGGCUUCCACAGCCCAGCCCUGCACUUGGAGAGCAAGCUGUGUUGUUACUGGCCUUGGCCUGGAAGGCUUAUUCCCUCGUGGCCUGGAGCAAACAGUUCCCGAGGGGUGGCUAAGCCCGCUCCGGGCCCAGGUCGAGCACUGUCCCUUGGAGUCUUUCCUUGCCUCCCCCUUGCCUCUUGACUGGCUGGGGGGUUUUCAUACCACUCCCAACCCCCCACCUCCUAGUCCCCACCCCCACCUCAUCCCCUGAUCUCUUCCACAUCCCCCACAGGCCUGGAUCACGGCCCUCCCUCCCCUGUGCUGUGUCGUGGUUGUUGAUUUGCUUCUCAGCCUAACCCCGUUACACAGGGAGCUCCUUGAGGUCAGGGGCCAGACUUCUGAUCGGUCCCUCAGCUCCAACCACCACACCCACUUCCUUGGUGCUGCACCCCCACCUUUCUACCGGGAGUUUUUGCCUGCCUGGCCCCUCUUGGGGUCGUCUCCAGGGGACCGGUGCCAGAAGUCAGGGACCACCUCCCCCAGGAGUGCUGGCCUGGCCACUCUCACGGACGGUGUUUGUUUUUCUUACCCAUCUCAGUUGCUAAGUAGGGGUUACAAACUGGCCAAAGAGGGGUUCCUUGAUUGGCAAUGAAGCCGAGGAGAGUUUGUACCCACUAAUGUCCCUAUCUGGUCUGAGGUCAGCCUGGGCCCACCUUCUGGCGACCUGAGUGCCUGGGAUUCUUACCAUUUACUGGGGGCUCCCAAUGAAAACCAUUACAAUAGGGGCACCUGGCUGGCUCUGUCAGUGGAGCACGUGGCUCCCAUCUUGGAGUUGUGAGGUUGAGCCCCCUGUUGGGUGCAGAGAUUACUUUUAAAAAACAAAAUAAAAUCUUAAAACAAAACAUCA